CUCCCCGGUGCAGGCCCGGGCGUUCCUGCCGCUCCCCGCGCUCCGAGCCCGUUCCUCCGGCGCCCCCUCCUCCGAGCCGCCUGCCCCGGCGCCCCCUCCCCGGCCAUGGCGCGCCUCGGCCCCGCGCUCCUCCUGGCGCUGCUGCUGCUGCUGCUGUGGCCGCGGGCGCUGCGGGCCAAGCCCACGGUGCGCAAGGAGCGCGUGGUGCGGCCCGACUCGGAGCUGGGCGAGCGGCCGCCCGAGGACAACCGGAGCUUCCAGUACGACCACGAGGCCUUCCUGGGCAAGGAGGACUCCAAGACCUUCGACCAGCUCAGCUCGGAGGAGAGCAAGGACCGGCUGGGGAAGAUUGUUGAUCGAAUCGACAAUGACGGGGAUGGCUUUGUCACCUCUGAGGAGCUGAAAACCUGGAUCAAACGGGUGCAGAAAAGAUACAUCUACGAUAAUGUCGCCAAAGUCUGGAAGGAUUAUGAUCGGGACAAAGACAAUAAAAUUUCCUGGGAAGAGUACAAACAAGCCACCUACGGUUACUACCUGGGAAACCCAGCUGAGUUUCAGGAUACUUCAGAUCAUCACACCUUUAAAAAGAUGCUGCCUCGUGACGAGAGAAGGUUCAAGGCUGCAGACCUCGAUGGGGACCAGACUGCCACCCGGGAGGAGUUCACCGCCUUUCUGCACCCUGAGGAGUUCGAGCACAUGAAGGAAAUUGUGGUUCUGGAAACUCUGGAGGACAUCGACAAGAACGGGGACGGGUUUGUGGAUCAGGACGAGUACAUUGCGGAUAUGUUUUCCCACGAGGAGAACGGCCCUGAGCCAGACUGGGUUUUGUCAGAACGGGAACAGUUCAAUGAGUUCCGGGAUCUGAACAAGGAUGGGAAGUUGGACAAAGAUGAGAUUCGCCACUGGAUCCUCCCUCAAGACUACGACCACGCGCAGGCUGAGGCCAGGCACCUGGUGUACGAGUCAGACAAAAACAAGGAUGAGAAGCUGACGAAAGAGGAGAUCCUGGAGAACUGGAACAUGUUUGUGGGAAGCCAAGCCACCAACUAUGGGGAGGACCUCACCAAGAACCACGACGAGCUCUGAGCCCUCGCCAGGUGCGGCUGUCGCGGGCCUCCCUGCCUUGUCCCGGACGGUUGCUGCACUUCUCACAUUCACAGCAUCUGUGUCCCCAAAAGCAAGUGUAUAACAUCAGAUGGGGGUUAAAAUUGUUUUUCACUCAAUGUUUACUGGAAAAUAGUCAUCACUAUUGUUUCAGUAAGAUUUCUCUCAAAACACACAUGAAAAUCUUGGUAAAUUGCAGUGCUCUAUGAGGAUAAUUGCUAAAACAUGACUUUUUAGUUUUUUCCAUUAAAUUUAAACUAAAGAGGAACAAAAUUUGGAAAACCACUGUUAUUCAGAAGUUGGGGGGACAGUAUAUGGAGUGACUAUGUAUUUUAACUGUGGAUUUUUUCAUCUGCCACUGGUGAAUAGUUGGGGAGGGGAAAUUCUGGUUAAGCUACAGUGGUGUCAUCCUAGUAGGCUUAUUUCAGAGCAAGUCUAAUACUUGAGGUUCUUCUCUCUUGACUUUGUACUUGGAGCUGUUACUGUAAAUGGCAUAUGAAGCCUCUGUGCAUUUUUCUGCACGGACCUGCUAAUGUGCACAACAGACCCACAUCUUUAUUUUUUGUUUUUACAAGAAGAAGCAAUCAAGAAAGAUAAUGUGAAAAACAGAGGAAUUUUAGAAGUAGGGAAAAGAUGAAAGUUGGGCGUUUGAAGAACUACAGGAAAAUGGUAAACACUAUUAUACUUGAGAAAAUUUUCUUGAUGUGUAAAUGAGGUAGGUCUGAUCUUUGAACAAGUGAGUAGAAAUACAGCCCAUUCCUUGCUGAUCACUGAGGGAGGGAGGGAGUGGGCCCCAGGGCAGCCGGCCUCGUGUAGAGCCCAGUGCAUCCACCCUGCUGACUCCAAGCCUGGGAUCUGCCCCGGGGACUGCUUGCACGAGGAAUUAGGACAGAGAUGUUCCAAGCCAUUGGCUGAAUGGAAGAAACAGCUUUCACAAGUUGAAAUUCCACCUUAUAAGUAGAAAGUGAAGGAAAUAAAGGAUCCCUCUGAGGGUUUUCCACUGUG